UUGCCUAAGCUACACAUGAAGACAAAUGUCUCUGAAUUGAGAGGAGAAUACAGACGUGGUGGUGGCUCAUCUAUGUUUUCUAGAAAUGUCCGAUUUCAAGUAGAUAUAAGUCCAGCUCCAGGGGAACGAGACACAUCGUCUGCUUCAACAUUCUGUUUAACUUUCACUUUAGUUUCAGGUCCAUCACGACGAUUCAGGCGAGUUUGUGAACAUCUUCAGGCCCUGAUGUCAUCACCAAGGGGAGAAAAUCACAGAAAGAUCAGUACUGAUAGCACUGUUUCAUAUUGCUCUGAACUGGUUCCUGCGUCGUACGGCUCAGCAGCAAAAGAAAAUGGAGAUGCAGAU